UUCCCGCAGGACAUUUUCCUAUUCAUCACCAGACAGCUGAAAGGUUUGGAGGACACUAAAAGUCCUCAGUUCAACAGAUACUUCUACCUGCUGGAGAACCUUGCCUGGGUCAAAUCUUACAAUAUCUGCUUUGAGCUGGAGGAUUGCAACGAGAUCUUCAUCCAGCUCUUUAAGACCCUCUUUUCUGUCAUAAAUACCAGCCACAACCAGAAGGUACAGAUGCAUAUGUUGGACUUGAUGAGCUCCAUCAUCACAGAGGGAGAUGGUGUAACCCAGGAGCUGCUGGACACUAUCCUCAUCAACCUCAUUCCUGCUCACAAGAAUCUGAACAAGCAGGCCUAUGAUCUCGCUAAGGUACUUCUGAAGAGGACUGUUCAAACCAUCGAAACGUGCAUCGCAAAUUUCUUCAACCAAGUGCUGGUCCUGGGCAAGUCGUCCGUGAGCGAUCUGUCGGAGCACGUCUUUGACCUGAUCCAGGAGCUGUUCGCCACGGACCCCCUCCUCCUGUUGUCCGUCAUGCCUCAGCUGGAGUUCAAGCUUAAGAGCAACGACGGCGAGGAGCGGCUAGCAGUGGUGCGGCUGCUGGCUAAGCUGUUUGGGGCCCGAGACUCCGAGCUGGCCAACCAGAACCGACCACUCUGGCAGUGCUUCCUGGGAAGGUUUAAUGAUAUCCACGUUCCUGUCAGACUGGAGUGCGUGAAGUUUGCCAGUCACUGUUUGAUGAACCACCCUGACUUGGCCAAAGAUCUUACAGAUUACCUGAAGGUCCGGUCACAUGACCCUGAGGAAGCCAUCCGUCAUGAUGUCAUAGUGACUAUCAUCAACGCGGGGAAGAAGGACUUGAACCUAGUGAACGACCAACUGUUGGGAUUCGUACGCGAGCGGACACUGGACAAGAGGUGGCGUGUGCGCAAGGAGGCCAUGAUGGGCCUGGCCCAGCUGUUUAAGAAGUACUGUCUGCACCACGAGGCUGGCAAGGAGAGUGCCCAGAAGAUCAGCUGGAUCAAGGACAAGCUCCUGCACAUCUACUAUCAAAACAGCAUUGAUGACAAGCUUCUGGUAGAGAAGAUCUUUGCACAGUACAUGGUGCCUCACAGCCUGGAGACGGAGGAGAAGAUGAAGUGUCUGUACUACUUGUAUGCCUGCCUGGACCCCAACGCCGUGAAGGCACUGAACGAGAUGUGGAAGUGUCAGAACAUGCUGAGGAGCGUAGUGAGGGAACUGCUGGACCUGCACAAGCUGCCGCUGUCUGAAGCCAACACUGCCGCCAUGUUCGGGAAGCUACUCACCAUAACCAAGAACCUUCCGGAUCCUGGCAAGGCCCAGGACUUCAUGAAGAAGUUCAACCAGGUGCUGGGAGAAGACGAGAAGCUGCGUUCCCUGCUCGAGCAGCUGAUCAGCCCCACCUGCUCCUGCAAGCAGGCCGAGGUCUGCGUGGUGAGUGAAACA